UUCACGAAAGCUCCUCCCGCCUUGGCCGGUUCCAGGUGUCGUUGGCAGCUCCAACUCGACAGUGAGCGAAUCGCGGCGACGUGGAGCAUGGCGGAGUCUCAGCUGCUUUGCCUGGAGGAUACUCACGUGAACGAACGGGUCAGCGAACAUAAUCCGCGAUAUUACUACAGCGAGGAGCAACGGCGGGCACUGGAGGUCCUUGCAGCCGACGGGGAGAAAGCAUAUAAGUCGCUGCUGAAGAAAGAGCAGCUGCCUGACUUUCUUUCCAGCCGGGAGUUGGCGGUCUUGCGGGGCGGCUGGCGUGCCUACGAUGCCCACCUGGAGAGUGGCAAAACGGUCACCGGACCCUCGGGAAAACCCCUGUCGCUUUCUUACUGGCCCGAACGCUCCGACACGGAGAUCCCCCCACUGGAUAUGGGGUGGACCCAUAACUCUUUCUACCGGGGAGCCACGCGCCUGGCUCUGUACACGCACCCGCGCAAGGAAGACAAGGCGCCUCACGUCAAGCAAGUGGUGCGUGAAACGAUCCAGCAAGCGAAGAAGAUAAUUGCAAUAGUCAUGGACCAGUUCACUGACAGGGACAUCUUCCGAGAUAUAGUAGACGCAGCAUAUAAGCGUCGGAUCCCAGUCUAUAUAAUCUUAGAUGAAGAAGGCUCUGCAUUCUUCCUGGAGAUGUGCAAAUACAUGGACCUAAAUGAUUUCCAUAUCAGGAACAUUCGUGUACGUUGCGUGACUGGAGUUGGGUUCUACAUGCCAUCAGGGAAGAUCCAAGGCAAUUUGGCCUCUCGUUUCUUAAUGGUGGAUGGUGAAAAAGUCCUAACUGGAUCUUAUAGUUUCACAUGGACCUCAUCCCACAUAAACAGAAAUAUUCUUUUGUGCUUGAGUGGACAGCAUGUUGAAAUGUUUGACACUGAAUUCCGAGAGCUUUAUGCCAUUUCAGAGGAGGUCAAUCUUUACAAGGAAUUGAACAUUCCCUGUCCUUUUCGUCAUGGUAUUGGGAACCUUGGUUUUUCUUCCUCUACUGUGGCCCGGAAGGUUAUCAACCCAAAAUAUGGACUGGUGGUAGGCAUUCCUCCAGGAGAAAUGAUGCGCUGGGCUUCCCGUCAGAGGCAAGAAUCACAAGAGAAACUAGAAGGAAGAGAUGAAGAAAAUGAACCAAAUAAACGACUAGAUAGUUUUCUUAAUGACCUUAUAAUGGUCAAGCAGGUGCUACCAGAUAUCGAACCUCCAUUUGAGGACUUGAACAGAGCAGAAAGGAGCCCUCAAAAGUUUUUUUCCCAGUUCCAUUUGGACCUGAAAUAUAAAUCCAAAUCCAGAGAGUCUGUCUGUGAUCUUAAGAAGGAUGAAGUUGCCAAUAGGGAGGUCAGUUCCAAACAGGAUAAGAUGUUUGGCAGUGGAUUUUUCAGAAGGGCCAAGCGACCUCCACCUUCAAAUGCUGAUGCCAAUUCUGCUAGUGGUGAGACUGCUGAAGACUUGAUGGCUGUGAAGAUACCAAAGGAGUGCCGUGCCAGUAUUCAUAGUACUGGAGGCAAUUCAGCAGGAAUGCUGCUGAGUAUCCUUAUCUACAUUAUGGAUCCAAAAUGGGAAGAGGGUAGCUGUAUGAAAGUAUAUUCUGGAACCCUGGCACUGUAUGUGUGACCUCAUUCAACAACUUCGUUUUUAGGUAAAAUGAGUCCAAGUUCUCUCCCAGGGAGGAAAAACAAACAGUCAGUCUGUAUAGUCUCAUGACUGAAGAAAAACUACUGGAAAAUUAGAAUUCAAAGGGCAUCUACUGGAAUAUACAAUAGUGCAUUCUUUCAAACCUUCAGUCUGACUUCCUCACAAUGCUGCAUGUAACCACUGCAGUGUCCAAGACAGAGCUGGUAUUGCCAGUUAAAGCAUACCUGCUGAGUAAAAAAAUAUGUUCUGAAAGAUCCUUGCAUGGUGGUAGCAAUAUUAAUUAAAUAAACAUGACAGCCAGAUUUUGGAUUUAACUCUAUUGCAAUGUACUUGUUGAAGAGUUGGGUGGCCUUAUAAAUUUCUAAAUAAAUAAAAUAUGUCAAGGAGCUUUCUUCCUCUUUGUGGUACUCUUUUAAGUUUGUCAGGCUUCAGACUUAAACGAAUGUUGUUGCAUCACUGAUUACUGCACUGUAUUUUAUUAAUUUGUUGGGAUAGAAAAUUAAAAACAAAACAGUUAUCAAACUUGUGGAAAUUGUUUGCAUAAAGUAUUUUUUAAAUGUAUAACUUAUCUAUUUAUACUUUUUAAAAUUUUACUAAAUCUUCUGUCCUUUCAUUUUUUUCAGUAAUCUUAAUGUACGGGUAGUCAGCCUUCCCAAGAGCGCAUACCAUGCUCACAGAAGAGUAGGUGGGCCCAGAUUCAUAGGUUUGAGGGCUAUGAAUGGUAACAGGGAAAAUUUAACAGUGAAAUUACCAUACUAAUUCCUUUCAUUCUAUAUAGAACUUGACUGUUAAGCCAACAUAGCAUGAAAGAAUGGCUAUUUAAAUGAAGAUCAGUAUGAGGGAUGCCUACUGAGACAUAUAGGCAAAAUUCCACAUAGCCUCCAUAAAUAGAACAGUCUCUAAUAACCUGCAGGUAGUAAACAAUGUAAAUAUUCGCUAUUACAAAUAAUAUGUAAUCCUUUUCAUCCCUCUUUAUCCUUUUUAAAUGUAAUUAUUUAUUACAUAGCUAAAAUGUCCAUUUAAACAUCCACAAAAAUUCAUGCUAUUUUAAUGCCCAGUAAACGUAUCAUUAUAUGGACAUUAAAACUUCAUAUAGGUGACACUUAUUAUUCAUGGUUCCAUUACCUGCAGUUUCACACAUCUGCCAUUUGUAAAUGUAGAUCAGAUCUCAUUAUCUAUGGUAAAGGGCUUCAUGUAUCCAUGGCUUGGGCCCAUGGUUCUGUUUGAAGGACUACUGGAGUGUGUUUUUUACAUAUGUGCAAAAUGGAUGGGUUUUUGCACAAGCAUAAAGUAUGUUUUCUCAGGGUUUCAUUAUCCAUAUUUGUUAUCCAUGGCUACAGCUAUAUUGUUAUCCAUGAUUAAGGCUGUACUGCCUUAAACUGUAUUUUUUUUGUUAAUGUCAUACCCGGAAUUGCCUACCUUUUUUGCAUUCUGUUCAUUAAAGAUUAUUUAUCAACUGAAAGAGAAGUGCAGCAUUUGCUUUUUCAGCACGAGUUAACAAAUAUUCUGAUUAUUCAGUAAGAUAUCCAAAGAAAAUGUCAAUCACAUUUUGUUUUGCAUUUGAUUUAUGUACUGUCUCUGUUGCAAAGGCACUUUAAGUAACUUACUACAAUUGUAAAACUUCUGACAAUUCAUUACAGUAGUGGAAAUGGGGGGUUCAAGUUUCAGCCAGUUAUCUAUUUAUUGGUACUAUUUAAAACUGACUUAAUAGUCUGAUAGACACAUGCACUACUCUUUGGGGAAACUGUUCAUUACAGUGAUUUCCUUUCUGCUAUUAAAGUAGCCUGUUAUGCUGCAUGCCAGAGAGAUUACCACUCUGAUGAAAAUUGAUAAUGCACUUAAAAAUUGUCUCUGCUCUUUGAAAAUGAUAGUCUGCCUAUAUGGAUCUGUGCCUCUAAGAAAAGAUAAACAUAUUAAAACUUUUAAGCACAUUUAUUUUUAGAAAGCCAUUUAUUUUUAUACACUAUGUAUUUAAAAGCCAUCUGUAUGUUACAAUAUUAUGAUUUUUGCAUUUCAGAAAAUACAUGUUUUGUAUAUUAUUUUAGAAAUAUGAGUUCUAAUAUUCUUUAGAUCCCAGGAAUCUUGGCAGCAUCAUGGUUUUUUCAUCUUUGCAAGAUAUCUGAUAGGAAACCGAAGCUUGAUUGUAUAGCCUGCCUCAUCUUAAUUUCUUGUUUAUUUUUUAGACAAAAUUAAAAAUCAUGAUAAAAUAUGUGCAUUAAUUUAAUUAAAAUAUAUUACUUCAGGGAAGAGAUGGAAAUGAUUGCCUUUGUUUCCAGCCAAAUAGUGCUGUUCACAGCUGGCUUUUAUUAUCAAUGUACAGAUUUGAAUUUUCCAAAACUUAAUUUACAAAAAACAUCACAAUGUGUUAACAAAAUAUAUGCGUUUCUACAGCAAUCUUACAGUCCUGUUCAUUUCUAUUCAUCUUUACUUUUGUACUCUAUGAACAGCUUCAAACAUCAUGGUAUACUCCAAACAGAUAUGCCAGGGGCUUGUACUUACAUGAUUAAUUUAAAAUGGAAAUUCACAAAGGAAACUGUACAAAACAUAUACAUGUGUAACGUUUGCAUAACUGACCAUGCAAAUGGCCCUUUGGAACCUCUAAUAUUAAACAUUAUUUUGCAUUUUCUGCCAUAGCUAGGUGAAUUGCUAUUGCUCCUUGACUGCAUCUUCUAACAAAAACAUCUAACAAAAUGUUAACCAAACCACAAGAUGAAAAAAGUAUAUUGAGUAUCAUUUAUUUUCUGCCUACAGUAGUUUGAUUUCAAGUAUCAUCUUUCCUAGUCAUAUGAAGACUUGGGGAGGCAUCGUAACUGUUACAGAACCUACUGUAAAGGCAAAACAUUCCAGUUCCUGAUAUAUUUGGCCAGAAGGAUCUCAGGUAAUAGGUGAUCAGAGACAGCUUUUAACUAGAGAGCUAUCAAUGACAGCUCUGGGCUGAGUGGACAAAUACCCUGGACAAGAUACAUUUCCCACAUAUGUGAAUUUAUUCUCUGCUGUCUCAUGAGGGUCACAUGGCACUUAUUAAUAUAUUUUUAACAACAGAAAUUAUUAUAGCAAUAUGCCGUACUAACAAAUAGCCUUUAUUACUAUGGAACCUUUCAUAUAUAAAUUGUGGAAGCUUUCAUAAUAUCUAUCUUGAGUUUCAUUAAGAGACUUAAAUGCAUAGUUAAGAGGAGCAUUUCUGUGUGAAAUUAUAAUUAAUUGAUUCUCAAAAGCUUAACUCAGUUCAUUGCAGCCCAAACUGCAAAGAAUAUUUAAGCACUUUACAAACUGUAUUCUGAUGUAGACUGUAGCACACAAAAGUGUAUGGUGUCAUGCAUUUAUUCUAUAAAACGUUUAAUUAGUUACCAUUUUAUAAACAGUAUUACAUUUUCAAAAACUGGCAGCAUAGAAGUGAGCUAUUCCAGUUUACCCAUGUUUAUAUAAAUGCAAGUCAUAUUUAAUUAUUGCAUAUAUGUAGCAUAUGUCCUUUGUGCUAAAUGAAUUCUAUAUGCCUGAGAUUUGUUUCAUUAGUUUAUCCAUGAUUAUCUGGUCACAACUGCAACGUUCUUAAAAGUUCUUUUAAAAAAUCUAUUUUCAGACCUUGGAUACUUCCUAUUCCUCUGUAACAGGUUUAGAUUAAAUCUAGUCUUAUUAGGAGAUUUAUUUCACACACUAUUUACUUAUUAUAAGCCCUCUUCUGAAUAAUUCUGAUUAUUUUUGAAGGCCUUCCAUACUUCAUAUCUACCUCAAUUUCUCUCUGCCAUUUUCUAAUUAAGCAUAGGUAUAAAGCAAAUAUCUUUCUAAUACUUAAAACAUUUAACUCCACAUACACAUGGGUUUUUUUACUUUUUAUAUUUUCCAGUUUGGAAAAACUAUAGAGUUAUAAUUUGAAUUUAUUAACUGCCUUUCUACAGAAAAAAUAGUCAAAAAUUCUUUCAUAAAAAUACACACAAAAGAUGUAUUAAUUAUGAAAACAAAAGUUUACGUGGCUGUUUGAAAAUUCUGUGGUUUUGUCACAAACAUCAAGUUUACUGACCUGUGUUCUCAGCAAAAUAAACCCCACAGUCUGGUAUAGUUUUCUCCUACACUGACAUUAUCACUAAAGGAAAAAUGUCAAUCGAAAUGUGGUCUGUAACUAAAACCAGUACUAGAAUCCAUGUUACGGACAAAAGCUCUAGCCUCAGUAUCCAAUAUGAAUUUAGGCUGUUUCCUCUAACUCUUAAAAGCCUAUUAUGAAAAACUACUGUAUUUCCAUUUUAUCUUUCAAGGGCAGAUCCUAAGUGGAUUUUGAAAAAUCAUUUCUCUGUAUCUGAAUCAUCAUGCUUAUUAUAUUGUGUUUUGAUUUUUAACACUUCUUGCUAUACUUUUCAGAUUUCAAAUACAUUUUACUGUAUUUGCUGUCUUAUACUUUCAUAGUCUUUAAGUGAUUUUUGUUUUGAAAGAUUUCAUUGACUUUUCUACAUGUUAUCAGCUUAGAUUUUACUUCAUUUCUGAUCCAACAGAAGAAUCCAGUGCUUUAACAAUGUGUUGAAAGUUACUGGUCCAUUGAAAAUUAGACUUGACAGCUUCUGUGGUAUUAGACAUGUGCAUGGGUGGAAGGGAAAUUUACUAUUUUUUUGGCCAUAUUUACGUAUUAUGUGCUCAUAAUACUCAUUAAAUGUGUGGAAGCAGCUUGUGAAAUAAAUC